ACAUUAUUUAUUAUUGUAGUCACUGAUAUAUUAUUAUUUUACAAUCAAUCAUGACAAAAUAGAAAUGACAAAAGUCUAUUUUGUCUUGAAAUCAAUUUUAUUUUGUAUAUAGUCUUAUAGUAACACUAAACUGUGAUCUUUUUAAAUUUUUGUCCGUUUACCCGUGUUCAUAAAAAAUAGCCAUUAAAUAGCAUUUACUCAUUUGUAUUCAUCAUCAAUAGGCAAUAAAUAGUUGACUCAAUAAUAUUGGUGUGUACAGUUUCAUUUGUUUUGAAAGGGUGCAGCAAAAUGCCAGCUUAUCAUUCAAGUAUAAAAGAUUUCCACCAACUGACUGGAAAUAUGGCAAUACUUCCAAUAAAGUCUCAAUACAAAGGUCCUGCACCUUUGCUCAGCCCUACAAUUGCAGAAAUGGAUAUAAUAGACGAGUCAUUAUCUUUUUUUAAAGCAAAUGUAUUUUUUAGAUCUUACGAAGUUAAGAGUGAAACUGAUCGCGUUGUAAUUUACAUUACUUUAUACAUAACUGAGUGUUUAAAAAAACUGCAGAAAUGUCAAAGUAAAGAUCAAGGAAUGUCUGAAAUGUAUUCAUUGGCACUUUAUAGAUUUGAUAUACCUGGAGAAGCUGGAUUUCCAUUAAACUCAGUUUAUGCAAAACCAUCUUCAACUGGUGAAGCAGAUGUUAUGCGUCAAUAUUUGGAACAAUUACGAAAGGAAACUGGCCGACGAGUUUGCGAAAAAGUAUUUUCAACCGAUGAUGGCAAACCAUCUAAAUGGUGGUUAUGUUUUGCUCGUAAGAAGUUUAUGGAAAAAUCAUUGCUUGCCCCAGGUCAAUAAUCUACUCAAAAA